CGCUGGGGCUACGUCCGGGUCCGUGCCGAGGGAGGAGCUCGUAACCCCGGAAGGGCCAUGGGCUUGAGCUAUGCCUGCCUUCACGUCUCCUACAAGCUCAAGCUGCUGAUGCUCUUCACCGCGUGCAUUUUGCUGGUGGGCUGGGCCACCUGCUCUUACCUGGUCGAUGCAGUGCACGAGACGCCUCGAGCCAAAAGCGCGGCGGCAGGCUUCAGGAAACCGACCGCUAGUGCCGAAGAGCAAAAGGAAGGCCUGGACAGGCAAGCUGGGCCUACAGUGAAGCUGCCAACUGUGAAACUGCCCGCCACAAAGUCCCUUUGCCCUUCUCUGUCUCCCUACCUUCGGGGCCCCAGCAAGCUUACCUUCAGGGCCUCUCUCACCCUGGAAGAGGUGCAGAAGGAGAAUCCUCGGGUGGCGAAGGGACGGCAUCGGCCAGAAGACUGCUUAGCUCAGCAGAAAGUGGCCAUCUUGAUCCCACACCGCAGUCGAGAGAGGCACCUGCUGUACCUGCUGGAGCACCUUCACCCGUUCCUGCAACGGCAGCAGCUGGACUAUGGCAUCUUUGUGAUUCACCAGGCGGGCGAUGCCAAGUUUAACCGAGCAAAACUGCUGAACGUCGGCUACUUGGAAGCCCUGAAGGAGGAGGACUGGGACUGCUUCAUAUUCCACGACGUGGACCUGGUGCCGGAGAACGACUACAACAUUUACACCUGUGGAAGUCAGCCGAAGCACCUGGUGGUGGGCAGAAACAGCACGGGAUACAGGUUGCGUUACCAAGGAUACUUUGGAGGUGUAACUGCUCUAACAAGGGAGCAGUUUUCCAAAGUGAAUGGCUUUUCUAACAACUACUGGGGCUGGGGAGGAGAAGAUGACGACCUUCGACUCAGGGUUGACAUGCAGAGGUGGAAAGUGAUCCGACCGUCCCCUAACGUAGCCAAGUACACCAUGAUCUUCCACACGAGAGACAGAGGCAAUGAGGCAAACGGACAGAGGAUGAAUCUCUUGCGUCAGGUAUCUCGAGUAUGGAAAACAGAUGGUCUAAACUCCUGUUCUUACAAGCUGCUCUCGGUGGAAUACAAUCCUUUGUACACCAACAUCACUGUGGAUUUCGGCAUGCCAGUCAAGACCUCGUAACAGUCUCUCUCUUGCAACA